AUGUUUAAGAGAACUGUGUUGCUGGAAUAUAAAGUUUCUCGCAAGGUGGUUACUUCCGGAACAGUACUACUUGUCUCAGCAAUCUUUCUGGCACUGGUCCACCCAGUUGUUGUGUCACCAGCUUUAGCUAGUUUUCAAAGUGUAGCCAAGUCCAGAGGACCCGUUGCUGCAGCAGCAGGGAGUCAACUUAUUCGUAGUGAACUACUGAGCAGUGCAUGGACUGGCUUCUUUGCCGGAUGCUUGCACACAUUAUCUGGUCCCGACCACCUUGCUGCUUUGGCCCCGCUCUCAAUAGGACGUACGAAAAUGGAAAGUGCUGCAGUUGGAGCUCUGUGGGGAUGUGGCCAUGACGCUGGACAGGUAAUAUUCGGGUUACUCUUUCUACUUUUGAAGGAUCGGCUUCACAUUGAAGUUAUCCGAACCUGGGGUACACGAGUUGUGGGCUUUACUCUCCUUGUAAUCGGUGCAAUGGGAAUCAAGGAAGCUUCAGAAGUCCCUGCACCAUGUGUGGCACUAGAAAAUGGUGAAUGUGAUGUUGGCAUAUAUGAAGCCCUCGAGAAUCCCUCUAUGGGGAAGAAGAAGAUUGGGUUUGCAACUUUUGCUACAGGAAUUGUUCACGGAUUACAACCCGAUGCUCUGAUGAUGAUCUUGCCUGCACUAGCUUUGCCAUCUCGAUUGGCUGGUGCUGCGUUUCUAUGUAUGUUCUUGGUUGGGACGGUUAUCGCUAUGGGAAGCUAUACCGUAUUUAUAGGCUCGUGUAGUCAGGCACUCAAGGACAGGAUCCCCAGGAUAACCGAGAAGCUCACCUGGGCAUCGUCCCUUGUUGCCAUUGCUUUAGGUCUUGCACUCUUGAUUAGCCAAUUUUUUGGGUUCAGCCUGUAUUGA